UUGGAGAGAUUCAGAUCUUCUACGAAAAAUGUAAAUUAAAUACUACAUAAAAUGAGUACGAAAACUAAUAAAGGGCCGGUGUUCGACCCGGGGCUAUGCCGCUGCUGUGGUGUAAUGAGAAAAUGUCGUCUAAUGAAUGUGGAAUACGAGAGUUUUGGACAGAAGGAAAUCUACUCUGAUAUGAUUAUGGACUGUUUUGGGUUGUUGAUGUCCCAUCUGGACGGAAAACCCACAGAGAGAUUAAUCUGUGCAACAUGCGUCAAACGUCUUCGUGAGGCUCUGGACUUCCGGAGGCAGGUGCUGCAAUGCGAAGAGGCGUUUCUGCAGAUGAGAAUGUAUGAUGCCAAGGAGGAAGAACGUCAAGCAAAAUUUUUACAAGAGCAAUCGAGUCAAGAUGGGGAGCCCAAAGUUGAAGUCGAGAUAGUCAAGAUGGAGCCUGCUGAUGAGACUGACCUCGGGUCGCCAGGGUCACCUGGACCUGAUGUCUUGGAUGAUCAGAAUUAUGAACUACUAAUGUCACAAAAGCAGCAAAUGAUCCGAGAACGAGAUCCGACUUAUAUGACCGAAACCAACAUUUUGACCAUCAUCGAGUUCUCCUACGUGUGCCCUUUUAAAUGCCGACACAACAACCUCAUCUGCUACUAUUGCGGGCAAAUAUUCUCCGACCCGCAUUCGUUACGAGAACAUACAGAAGUGAACCACACUCCAAAAUACUUCAAAGUGACGGAGCAUAAAAAUAUGGUGAAGCUAGACUUGACACGUAUAGACUGUCGUCUAUGCGAAGUGAAUAUAAAUAAUUUGGAAGAUUUCAAAAGACAUAUAAGUGAAGUGCAUAAAAAGAAAUAUUAUUUCGAUUAUAAAGACACAGUGUUGCCGUUUAAACUGACUAAAUUUAACCUCAAGUGUGUGUUAUGUGAAAUGGUGUUUCCGUACUUCCAUGCGUUGAAUCGUCAUAUGAACGAGCAUUAUAGUAACUAUGUGUGUGAGACGUGUGGGUUGGGGUUUGUGGAUAAAGGAAGAUUCGUGAUGCAUCAGCAGAGGCACGAGGAGGGUGACUUCCCAUGCCCUACUUGUGAGAAAAGAUUUAAGGCGCAGUAUAAUAGGGACCUACAUAUAGACCGCGUUCAUAAGAAACGCGGCCGCGUCUACUGUCCCAAGUGUGACGUGACACUUAUGUCACAUCCUCAGAAGCUAAAGCAUUUAGUUGAAGUGCAUGGAGAGGAGCCGCUUACGUUUCCAUGCAACAUGUGCGAACGAGUAUUUGAAACUCGACGUAAUCUCACCAUUCAUCGACGUAAAGACCAUCUUAAAGAUUACCGCUAUGAAUGCCACUGUUGCGGGCAAAAGUUCUUUACCCGCUUCGCGCUCAACAACCACAUGCCUACGCACACGGGUGAACGAAACUUCAAGUGCAAAGUAUGUGAAAAAUCCUACCCACGGCUUAAAACUCUUAAAGAGCACACGCGGAUACAUACAAACGACAGAAGAUAUAGAUGCCACAUAUGCGGACAGGCAUUCAUACAGAACUGCAGCCUUAAAGGUCAUAUGAAGAGCCAACACCCUGAGUAUGGAUAAUAACAACAUCACCAAUCCCCAUUGGGUCAGAGUCACCAAUCUGCAUCCAUACCAACUGGCCAGAAGAGGACCAGAAGAUCCCUAAGCAAUAAUGGGACUCUGACAUUAUACUUUAUACA